AUGGCUGCGCCGACGGGGGCCCCCGGGGCCCCCCAGGGGCCCCCAGCGCUGCAAGGGGGGCCCCCCUCGGCUGAUCCUGCUGCUGCUGCUGCUGCUGCUGCUGCUGCUGCUGCUGCUGCUUCCCCUGCUGCAGCUGCAGCUCCUGCAGAGGCGGCCGGCGGUGCUGCUCCUGCUGCUGCAGCACCCGCUGCUGCAGCACCCGCUGCUGCGGCACCCGCUGCUGCGGCUCCUGCUGCUGCGUCUCCCGUUGCUGCUGCUGCUCCCGUUGCUGCUGCUGCUCCUGCUGCUAACGUGGGAGCUGCUGCAGACAGGCCCCCCGAGGCCUAUCCUGCUGCUGCAGCGGGGGCCCCUCUAGGGGGGCCCCCUGCUGCCCUUUGUCCGCUGCCUGCAGCAGCAGCAGCACCAGCAGCACCAGCAGCAGCAGCAGCAGCAGCAGCAGCAGGCCCUUUGGGGGCCCCCUGCGGAUCUGGGGGGCCCCCAUACUCAGAGGCACUGGGGGCCCCAGUACCCUCUAGCUCAGUCUAUACCCCUGUGGCUGUGGGGGCCCCCGCGGGGGCCCCGCACUUCUCGACCCCUCUGGGGGCCCCCCUAGGGGCCCCCAUGGGGGCCCCCGUGGGGGUCCCUGUGGGGGGGGCCCCCCUAGGGGCCCCCAUGGGGGCCCCCUAUAUGGUUUCUUCUUAUGUGCCCUAUGGGUACAGCUGGGGGGCCCCCGGGGGGCCCCCAGGGGCCCCCUAUUGGCAGCACUAUGCAGCAGCAGCAGCACCGUUUGCAGCAGCACAGAUGUAUGCUGCCCCGGUGGCGCCCUUCCCGCUGCAGCAGCAGCAGCAGCAGCAGCAGCCGCUGCAGCAGCAGCAGCAGCAGCCAGAGCUGCAGCCAGGGAGCUCUGUACCUUGGCACGUUCCUGCUGCUGCUGCUGCUGCUGCUCUGACCCGCGCGGGGGCCCUCGCGGUGUCUCCUGAGCAGCAGCGCAGCAGCGCCUCCGGCGUUAUUAGUGAAAGGAGUCCCAACACGGCGUGGCAAAUGCUGCGGCGGCUGCUGCUUGCUGCUGCAAGGCUGCUGCUGCCUUCAGCGGUCUUCUUUGCUGCAGUAGCUGCUGCUGUGCUUCUCUGGGAUCACUUCCGGUGCCGCAGAAGGAACCGCAGCAGCAGCAACAAAGAAGCUGCUUCUGCUGCUGCAGCAGAAGAGGGCACUCUUAAGGCCGCCGCUGCUGCACAGCAGCAAGGGCAGCUGCUGCAGCAGCAGCAAGACCUCACGUUGCAGCUGCAGCAGCAGACAGAGGCCAUCCGCGCCCUCUCAGACACGCUGAACUCCCUGCUGCUGCGGCAGCAGCAGCAGCAGCAGCAGCAGCAGCAGCAGCAGCAAGAGCCUCUGCAGCAGCUCAUGCUGCGCGAUAGGUUGGCUGUGGUGCAGCCGCGGCUGGUAGAGGCCCCUGUUGAAGUCUCGCAGCAGCAGCAGCAGCAGCAGCAGCAGCAGCAGCAGCAGCAGCAGCAGCAAACUGCCGCUGCUGCUGUGCCUGUUGAGGAGCCUGCCGUGGCAGCCGCAGCAGCAGCAGCAGCAGCAAAAUCGGCACCAGACGCAGCAGCACGAGACUCAGCAGCAGCAGCAGCAGCAGCUGGCGAGCUGCAGGAUGCAGAGGCAGCACAUGCGUCUUCUGCAGCAGCAACAGCUGCCGCACUGCAAGCAGCAGCAGACUCAGCAGCAGCAGCAGCAGCAGCAGAAAAAGCUGAGCUGCAGCAAGCUGUUGCUGAAUUCGCUGCUGCUUGCACAGAGCGUUUGGGCACUGGUGCCCGAAAGCCGCUGGGAACUUUGUUGCUGAUGCUGAGGAAUCUGCGCUCAGCAACAACGACGGAGGACCGCGUGCGCUACGGCCGCGUAAACCCCACAGCCCCGCGCUUUAAGGAAAGAUUCGCCGACGUCAAGUCCGAGGCUUUUCUUCUGCUGUCUCGCCUGGGCUUCCGCGAGGACUCUGGACUCCUCUACACGUUCCAGGGGGACCUUGCCAAGGUGGCUGAGUGCUGCAAGCUGCUGGAAGCAGCGUUUGCUGCUGCUGCUGCUGCACCUCCUGCUGCACCUGCUGCUGCAGCUCCUGCUGCUGCAGCAGCUGCUUCAGAAAACAAAGAUGCUCAAGGGGGGCCCCAAGGGGGCCCCCAAGAGACCCCCCUUGCUGCCAGCGGUGCUGCUGCCAGCAGCAGCACAUGGCCGUCGCUGCUGCGGGAGCAACGAAACCCUGCAGCAGCAGCAGCAGCAGCAGCAGCAGCAGCAGCAGCAACAGAAACAGCUGCUGCUGCUGCUGCAGAAUCUGUGGCCCUAACGACCUCGCCUGAAACACUUGCUGAUCCCUUAGAUGAACAGAAGCUGAAGAAGCAAGAGCAGCAGCAGCAGCAGCAAUUGCAGCAGCAGCAGCAGCAGCAGCAAGGACAGCAGCAGCAGCAGCAAGAGAAUGAAAGUAACAGCGCUGCAAAGGCCGCGGCCUUGACUGAGGACGAGAUGAUCGAAGCAGCAGCAGCAGCAACAAAGGCAGCAGCAGCAGCUGCUGCUGCUGCUGCUGCUGAGCCCAUUGCUUUCCCGCUCUUCGCAACACCCAGUGACCCGGCUUCUGAUGCAGACUCCACACACACUGCAGCAGCAGCAGCAGCAGCAGCUGCUGCUGCUGCUGCUGCUGCUGAAGAAGAAGAACCUCAUGAGACCCAAGAUGCUGCCGAUCGCAGCAGCGACGCCGAUGAAGGGAACGGAGGCAGCAGCAGCGCUGCAGCACCGAGCAGCAGCAGCAGCAACAGCAGCAGCAGCUCCUGCGGAAGCGGCAGCAUUGCAAACGGCAGCAGCAGCAAUAAGGGCGACUGCAGCAGCAGCAGCAACAGCAGCAACAGCAGCAGCAACUAUGGAGGGGUAAGAAGAAGCUCCUGCUGCGAUGUCCAGAGACGGGGUGCCCCCUGGGGCCCCGUGGCUCCUAGGCGCAGCAGCUUCAUUCCCGGUGCUGCUGCUGCUGCUGGCAGCAGCAGCAGCAGCAGCCGCAGCAGCAGCAGCAGCAGCAGCCCACUGGUCGCCCUCCGACCUCCGUCGCCUGCAGCAUACCUGCAGCAGCAGCAGCAGCAGCAGCAGGCGCGAACAUCACCAGCAGACGUGCCGGAGUCGCAUUGUCUGUACAGCUGCAGCAGCAGCAGCAGCAGCAGCAGCAGCAGCAGCCUGCAGCAGCACAGGGGGGGCCCUCCUGUGCCCCCCGAAAUAUCCCAGGGGCCCUUUAGGGCCCCCUGGGGCCCCUCAAGGGCCCUGCAAGUAUUGCCUUAG